CAGAAACUUAUCAUCAUCUAAUCAAUGUUCAUCAGAGACACAAACUAGAUUACAACAUGGGCAUAACAGGUCUCUCUCCACUGUUCCCUGACAUCAACUCAUUAUAAAAGGGGCAAGGGGCAAAGAAGGGGGAAGCAACCGCACGGACGCCCUAUGCUUACUGUCUUCCCUCGAGCUAGGGAGCCGAGAGCUUAAGUUCUACCCACGUAUAGAGAGAAGGAGAGAGGGUUCUCUGUUCUAAACUCGAGCUCGAUGGAAGCUGAGGCACAGGCUUUGAUGAGCAAGAGAUCCACAGCCUCUCGGUUCAGAAGGGUGUGCGUCUUCUGCGGCAGCAGCCCCGGGAGGAAACCCAGUUACCAGCUCGCAGCGAUCCAACUCGGCCAUGAAUUGGUUCGAAGGAACAUAGACUUGGUGUACGGUGGAGGAAGCGUUGGCCUCAUGGGUCUCGUCUCCCAAGCCGUGCACGAUGGCGGCCGCCAUGUCUUGGGAGUUAUUCCCAGGACUCUGAUGCCUCGAGAGAUUACGGGAGAGACGGUGGGAGAGGUGAGGGCCGUGUCGGGAAUGCACCAGAGGAAGGCGGAGAUGGCCAGCCAAGCCGAUGCCUUCAUAGCAUUGCCUGGUGGCUACGGAACCCUGGAAGAACUCCUCGAAGUGAUAACUUGGGCUCAGCUGGGGAUCCACGACAAGCCGGUGGGGUUGCUGAACGUCGAUGGCUACUACGACUCCCUGCUCUCCUUCAUCGACAAGGCUGUGGACGAGGGAUUCAUCGCGCCUGCCGCUCGUCAUAUCAUCAUCUCCGCACAGACUUCCCACGAGUUGCUGUCGGAGCUCGAGGAUUACCAGCCGAUGCACGACGGGGUUGCGCCACAGCUGAGCUGGGAGCGGGAGCGGUUGGGGCAGUCACCCAAAUCGAACAUCGGGCGUUGACGGCAGCCCGCCGUGUAAACGUUGCCGACGUCCACGUGGCAGAUACCUUCUAAUUAGCAGAGCGGUAGAGUCGUGGGUCCCAUCGUGACUUUAUGGUGGUUGACUUUGUUGACGCCGCCAAACUUUUGAUGGGGUCGAAUCAUCGUAGAUGCUGACGUGGAGAAACAGGACUCGUGGCCUCCUCCUCCUGUCGGUAAACCUAUUUUUAUUAUCAUCAGUUUAAUUAUAUGUAUAUAUAUAUAAUCCGUGUUUUCUGUAAAUAUUUAUGAGAUCAAUUAGCUAAAACCAGCCAGCAAUAUGAUUGCUAUCUCUGAGCACAUCAAGCAUCGACCGACUUUAAUCACUAUGAAGUCGAUUUUGACCGUCCCCAUCGACUUGGAAACGAAGCAUGUGCUUCGUACCUUUCAAAAAAAAGAAAAGCAACGCAUCACCAAAAGAUCGAGAGAGAUGUGUCCAAGAAGAUAUCCCAUCGGACACUCAAAUCAUGAGACAGAAAAAUAAACUAAGCAGCGGCAACGACAAAACAUUAUUCGCCGUUAAUAAUCGAAGGAAAGAUGGAGACUGUUCCAGACAGCUACAAAUAAUUGCUCUUCAACUUAGCGAGGACAUCUGACGCGUCAGGGAUGACGCUUCCUUUGGAUAGAUGGUCCAAGUUUACAGGGACGAGCAACGUGUCCUAUCAUGCCACCACAUAGAAAUAAGACAUUGAUGAUGUCGAUGACGGUGUUCUUUUAUUGGAGAACGAUCCGAGUUGGAAAUAGACGAUGAAUAGGUAGACGAUGUUCAAUUAUGUGGUAAUCAAAUCAUAUCCAUGUGGUGGAAACGAGGUACGUAGGAACAAACCAAUUGCACAGGGAACAACGGAGGAAGAGCGAGGGAAGUAACUCCCAAAAGGACUCCUCGGGGGUCAACUCGAUCGGUCUCUUUCGUUGCUCUUCUUCCAAGUGUUCGAAGAAGAAGAAGAGUUCUCACUGGCAGUAGGACGUUUGAUGCAUGACAGCGGCAGGAGACCCUGAUGGACCUGUAGGAAAGGCGUCUCUCAUCCACCUUCACACCCCUCACAUGCAUAGAUCCAUGUGGCAAGUUGGACUAAAGAAGAGGAUGAACAAACGUCAAUCACGUGUCGUCGUCAUGUAUAGAAUUCAAAAGGGUUUUGUGCAUCGUUCGGCCUUCUUUCCUUUUGCGUCCUAACAUCAACAUGGACACCACGUCUGUUGGGAGCACUGACAUGAAAGCGGCACACAGGUGCGGA